AUGAUCACAAAGUUAAGAUUGAGUGAUAAUACUUCUUUAGGUGAUAUUGGUACACCGAUAAGCGAGUGUAACACUAAUACCGGAGGAACAUCCAGUGAAAGUAUGAACAGAGAAAUUCUCUGCACCAUUGACCAACGAUCGAAUGAUUGUGGCACAUGUCGACAAGGAUCUAAUCAUAAGAAACGAGUGCUGCCUGGUUCGCUUCUUUCUGACGACAGUUGUAAUGCAGUAGACAACAUGCUUGGUGUAGACGGUGAACGGUCACAAACGGAGUGUGAGGAACCGGACCAGAAUGCCGACCUUUCUUUUAAUGGUAAAAUAAAAUCAUUGACUAACCCCAGCCAUCCACUGACGAUUCCAAUCGACGGCUCCAGUAAGGAACCUCCGCAAGUGGCCGAUGCUAGUUGCAAAAGUGAUUUGCAAACACGGGAGGCAAAGUUCAACGAAUCACUAGAACUGCUGACGAAGGAGAACAAUUCAUUAAAUCAUUACAAUAACGAAAAGUCACCGGAUUUGUUCGCGGACGAUGAUGAUGAUGAUGGUGUGGAGGAAAGUGGCGCAGGUAGAAGUAAUUGUGAUUACCAGGAGAAGGAAAAUUACGAUUAUUUGCAUCGCUCAUACCAACGCGCUAGUGCAGUCGGAGCGAAAGAAGAAGAAUGUGAAGAUGAAACCAGCACGGAUCGUGUUGAUCGUAUUCUGUUAAAACGAAUGAAGAUGUCCCUAGCAGGUAUACCACCACCACCAGCCUUAACCCACUCGGAUAUUGAUGUUGGCACCAUGCUUACCAUAUAUCGGAGCAAUGUGGAAUCGUGGUUAGUGAAAAACGCGUUACACAGGAAAGGUAUUGGUGGUGAUUGUGAAGCUGACAACAAACAGGAGCAGCGUUGUCUCACGAAGCCAACACAUUCGACUGACGAACUGGUCAGCUUGAAAUGGCCCGAACUAAAGAAACAUAGGGCACACGGACUGCAUUACAACCGGUCGAGGGUAUCCGAGUCUUUUGAACUUUUAGGCUUAAGAUACAUUGAGCGAUACAUAAGCGCCGAAACAAGUUGUUCUUUCAAUAUGACCAUUAUGCAAUCAAGCGCUAAAAAACGAAACCAACGAUUAAAAAUGUUAAACCAAUCACCAGGAAGGCGAUUAAGCCACCUAGCUAGACGCAGGGCUACGUUUUCUUCCGAGAGUUUACUUAAUACGAGUGGCAGCCAGAGUGGUAGCAUAGUAAGCGCUGGAAAAGCUGCCAUCAAUGCGGGUGUACUGAGACGACUAAAUCCGCACCGUGUGUGCAAUAAUAGACAAGUGCUACUAGAUCCCAAAAAAUCAGACAAUCGAAGGAAAAAUAAAAUUAAAACACCCAAACGACGAACACCAGGUGGCAGGAAAUCCCCACGUCGUCUUACACCGGGUUCGUCGUCUAAAAAACUAUCUUUGCUUCGUACUAGUGCCUCUGGUAAAUCAUCCACGCAAGUACACGUUCCUGCUACGCGUGAGUCCUCUAAACGUGCUCUGUUCUUAAGCCCACAGAAUAGUGGCCCAUCUUGUUCAGCACGCAACGAUGAUCAUCCUUCUCUCGGUAGCAAUAGCAAACAAACGAACCGUUCGAUAUUUUCUGAGGCUCGAAUGUUAAAAUCAAAACGAUCAUUAUUUUCCCAAUCACGCGGAGGCACAACGGAGAAUGACUAUGAGCCGACAUCUAGUUUAAAUGUAUAUAAUGUUUCGUCCAGUACGUCUACCAACACGAUAUCGACCAAGCGACGACGCUCUUCCACUGCUGACGACAAUAGCGUAGAAAAUGCGUGCGGCGAGCGGACGGAGAAAAUUCGGCGCACGGAAUCUUCCGGUUUAACGGAAGAAGAUUUGACGCCACGUUCGCUGAAGUUUGCUCGUAGCAAAAGUUUCUGCGUGGGCUUGCAAAGUAUGACCCUUCCAUCGACGGGAUCGAUUGAUUGUGCACCGGUAGUUGGAGGGAAAUCAUUGAUUCGUGCGAAUUCGGAAAUUUCCUCUGCAGAUGGGCCACGUCCAAUGAUAACGCUGACGGAAAACCACAAAAAGAAAUUGCUAUGGGCCGUUUCGCAAGCACUGCAAAGCAAGCAAAUUUCAGCAAAACAUGAACUAUUUAAACAACAUGCUUCCAACUUGGUGCGUGUAGUGAAGAGACUUUUUUUAGAAUUUAACGAUCAAACCAUCAGCAGUACAAGCGAGAAGCUUCUGAAGUUAGCAAACAAGCAUGUGUACGAAGUGAUACAGGGUAAAAGUGUGGAUGAUAUUUAUUUCCGUGAAAAAACGCGCAUCAUGAAUGCGCGGAACAUGCCGAAAUUGCAGGGUUACAUCGCGCCCGAGGAAUACGAACUGCGCAAGUUGAAACGGACGACUAGCAUAGCUUCCUUUGACGGAUCGUCCCCAUUCGACUAUUCGCUGAGCGCUAGUCAAAGCUGUCUGAGCCAGAGUUCCAUGUUGUCGCAGGGUAGCUCCUUCGGUGGUUUAUCACAACUGUCGCAAACAAGCAGUUUCCUACGCACCGCACAUAUGAAGCCUGCAGCAUCGACCGGUAGCGUUAAUAUGGUUGGUCUAAACACCACUACUACUGCAUUGCGCGAAAAUGUCGACAGCGAGCUGCGCCAACGUUCCAUAAAAAAGCAACUGCUUUUCUCUGGGAAAGACCAGAAAAACGUAAGUCCUUUCCGGACGGAAAAGAAUUUAACCCUGCUAGGCAGUAAUGUGAAUACCAACAAACUGCUGGUCGGUGGUUCGUUUAAUUCGAGCAUCAUGAAAGCUAAGCGACAGAUUUCGUUCGAGUAG